AUCGCUCGCCGAUGUCACCGAUGGAUAAAUCCCAGGCUCGAUAGCGGAGCGCAGAUAAGAAACAGGGGUUAGAUGUAACAUGGCUCUCUCCAGAGGUUUGAGAUGCUGUCAGAGGGUUUUCUCCUGGAUCCCUGUGCUUAUUAUAACAUCCGUGGUGCUGUGGUCAUACUACGCCUACGUCUUUGAGCUAUGUCUCUUUACACUCACCAACACGCUGGAAAAAGUGGCCUAUCUACUUGCGUUUCAUAUCUGCUUUGUGAUGUUCUCCUGGACCUACUGGAAGUCCAUAUUCACCCCACCUGCAUCACCGUGCAAGAAGUUUCAGCUGUCGUACUCGGACAAGCAAAGAUACGAGAUGGAGGAGAGGCCGGACGCCCAGAAACAAAUCCUGGUUGAGAUUGCGAAGAAACUGCCCAUCUUUACUCGAGCACAAUCUGGAGCUAUCAGGUUCUGCGACCGCUGCCAGGUACUGAAGCCUGACCGCUGUCACCACUGCUCAGUUUGUGAAACAUGUGUCUUGAAGAUGGACCAUCACUGUCCCUGGGUGAACAACUGUGUGGGCUUCUCCAACUACAAGUUUUUCCUGCUUUUCCUCUCCUACUCCAUGCUCUACUGCGUCUUCAUCGCAGCAACGGUCUUUCAGUACUUCCUCAAAUUCUGGGUGGGGGAUUUGCCAAAUGGGCCCGCAAAGUUUCAUGUCCUUUUUCUCAUGUUUGUGGCGCUCAUGUUCUUCGUCAGUCUCAUGUUCCUCUUUGGCUACCACUGUUGGUUGGUGGCCAAAAACAGAUCCACUCUAGAGGCCUUCUCGGCUCCUGUUUUUGUCAGUGGACCAGACAGAAAUGGCUUCAAUGUCGGUAUACGCAGAAACUUGCUGCAGGUAUUUGGAGAGAAUCGGAGACUGUGGUUCAUCCCUGUCUUCACAAGUGAAGGGAAUGGCCACUACUUCCCCUUAAAGAACCGCAGUUCUGAAUCCCACAACCCCUUAUUAGCUAAUGAGGACAUGUGGGAGGAGUCGGAUGACGGGUCUGAGGAAGGAAGCUUGGUUGAGGACCACGACCCCUCUGUUACCAUAGAGAUGGAGGAAGAGUAAUUUAAGGACGUAAUACACUGGUACAGAGGAUAUAUAUUAAUAUCGCACGCACUGUGUACCAUGAGGCAAACGCAUUCCAAAUCAUGUGGAUGUUCAGACACUGACACAAAAAAUAUAAAAAAAUCUGAAGGGGGCCAAACGUGUGGAUCAAAACCUGCAUUCGGAUUCUCAUUGCCACUUUUACCUGGGUGUUUCACAUACAGAGGAACUCGAUGGACAACCAGUAGCGUCAUCUCUCCUCUCAUGGAUGACAGUAUCAGUUUGAUUUGGGAAAAAAAAAAAAUCUCUUGAAUAUUACCUCACAUGCAAUUUCCCUCUGGUUGUUGGCACUGGCCUCUGUGGGAUUAUAAAUUACUGUUAAUUGGAAAGCUUCCGUCUGAUAUGCCUCUGUUGCAGUGUUGGGCCGUGAGUUUACAGUGUUGCACCUUUUAGAGCUACAAGUCUCCUAGUGAUUCAGAUGUCUGGCCUCUACCAGUUUGGGUCAUGCAGCAUAUCAGCAUAAGAUUUUAGUUAAUAUUUUUCAACAAACACAAGUAUAUUACAAUACCUGACUUAACCUCCGCCUUAUUAAUAUAUUUAUUCUUAUUUUGGGAGUUUGUUUCUCCUAGGAAUGUAUCUAGCACCCUGCUCGUGAGUAGACUGUGCCAAUAUUUUGGGCACAUAUUUAUGAAAGAACCUCUCAUAUGCUUUUGUAUUUCAGCAUUUAUUUUCAGUUAAAAAUGCCAUUACCAAUGUCUGGUAACCGUAAUAAAAACAAAACUAGAAUAAAUUUGUAGCUUUGCUACACAGCUACAGCUCAUAUUUGAAAAUUUCAACCAGAGUAUUAUGGCAAACUUGUUUAUCAUUUUAAUAGUAGUAAUAUCCUGAAUAUAUUAUGAAUUAAAUUUUGGCUAGAAAAUGCAGUAAUCCAUUUGAGUUUUUUUUUUUUUCAAAGUCCAGGAUGGGCAAACGAGACAAACUGUGAUAGACGUUUUUUUU